CAUCGCACGGCCCCUCCCUCCGCCCUGUGACACCGCUGCCGGCCCCGAGCAGGCCCCGGGGGGAGCGCCGCGGCCCCGCGCACGCCGAGUCUCUUUCCCCGGCAUUCGACCCUGUGUACCAAAGAAAUGGUGAUGGAGAAGCCCAGUCCCCUGCUUGUAGGGCGGGAGUUCGUCAGACAGUACUACACUCUGCUCAAUAAAGCUCCUGACUUCCUGCACAGGUUUUAUGGCAGGAAUUCUUCUUAUGUCCAUGGAGGACUGGAUGCUAGUGGGAAGCCACAAGAAGCAGUGUAUGGCCAAGCUGAGAUACACAAGAAAGUGAUGUCACUGCAGUUCAGUGAGUGCCACACCAAGAUUCGCCAUGUGGAUGCUCAUGCCACUCUGAGCGAUGGGGUGGUGGUGCAAGUCAUGGGGGAGCUGUCUAACAAUGGACAGCCCAUGAGGAAGUUCAUGCAGACCUUUGUACUUGCUCCAGAGGGGUCUGUUCCAAACAAGUUCUAUGUACAUAACGAUAUCUUCAGAUAUGAAGAUGAAGUAUUUGGGGAUUCUGAAGGAGAACUUGAUGAAGAGUCUGAAGAGGAGGUGGAGGAAGAACAAGAGGAAAGACAACCAUCACCUGAACCUGUGCAAGAAAAUGCAAGCAGUACCUACUAUGAGAAUCAUCCUGUCACCAAUGGUAUAGAGGAGGCACUGGAAGAAUCGUCUCAUGAGCCUGAGCCGGAAUUGGAAUCAGAAACAAAACCUGAGGAGCUGAAGACUGAGGUAGAAGAAAAGGCUCUUGAGGAGCUGGAAGAGAAGUCUCCUUCUCCACCUCCUGUAGAACCUGUUUCACUACCCCAAGAACCACCAAAGGCUUUCUCUUGGGCUUCAGUGACCAGUAAAAACCUGCCUCCUAGUGGUACUGUUUCCUCCUCUGGAAUUCCGCCCCAUGUUAAAGCACCGGUCUCACAGCCAAGAGUUGAAACAAAACCCGAAGCUCAAUCUCAGCCUCCUCGCGUGCGUGAGCAGCGCCCAAGGGAACGACCAGGAUUUCCACCCCGUGGACCUCGACCAGGGAGAGGGGAUGUGGAGCAAAAUGAGUCGGACAAUCGCCGAAUAAUCCGCUACCCAGACAGCCAUCAGCUGUUUGUUGGGAACCUGCCGCAUGACAUCGACGAGAGUGAACUGAAAGAGUUCUUCAUGAGCUUUGGAAAUGUGGUUGAACUCCGCAUCAACACAAAGGGAGUUGGAGGAAAACUGCCCAACUUUGGAUUUGUGGUAUUUGAUGAUUCUGAGCCAGUCCAGAGAAUUUUGGUUGCAAAACCCAUUAUGUUCCGGGGUGAGGUGCGCUUGAACGUAGAAGAGAAAAAAACAAGAGCUGCUCGUGAGAGAGAGACCCGAGGCGGAGGUGAUGACCGUAGGGAUAUUCGGCGCAAUGAUAGAGGCCCUGGGGGUCCCCGUGGAAUAGUGGGUGGUGGCAUGAUGCGCGACCGCGACGGCCGAGGACCCCCUCCAAGGGGAGGCAUGGCGCAGAAGCUCGGCUCUGGACGAGGCAGUGGGCAGAUGGAAGGGCGCUUCACGGGACAGCGUCGCUGAACUCCACCGCAGGCAGACGGUCCUGGCAGUGGUACAUCAUCCAUCGUGUUUGCAUUCUUGUUCAUUUCUUUUGGCUUUGGAAUGUGACACCGCCCUUCUGAUCAUUUCUUUGAUGUGAAAGCAUCCUUUGGUUUCCGGUUUAAAUUAAAGUGGACGUUCUUUCCCCAGUUUCACAA